GCACCCACCACCACCAGCGCCGAGCGCCGGCCGCGAUACCGUCGUGUCCCCCUCCCCACCGCAUUAGCGCCGGCCGACAAAAUUACUAGGUGCUUAAUUUAACUACUAGUGGCCCUAGGCGUGAAACUUCACCAGCUCCGCCACUGCCCAUGGCCAACGGCCGUCCGGACCCUCGCUGCGUCGUCCUCACCGCCGACACUGCCCGAUCCCUCGUAGAUUCCGUCGACGCCUUCCUCUUCGACUGCGAUGGGGUCAUUUGGAAGGGAGAUAAGCUCAUUGAAGGGGUCCCAGAGACGAUGGAGCUACUGAGGAAACUGGGAAAGAAAUUAGUUUUUGUAACAAACAACUCUAGAAAGUCGAGAAGGCAAUACUCAAAGAAAUUCAGAUCACUUGGACUUGAAGUUACUGAGGAAGAGAUUUUUACAUCAUCGUUUGCGGCAGCCAUGUUCUUGAAGUUAAAUAAUUUUCCUCCAGAAAAGAAGGUUUAUGUUGUUGGUGAAGAUGGAAUCUUGGAAGAGCUCAAGUUAGCUGGUUUUGAAUGUUUUGGUGGUCCGGAGGAUGGCAAGAAAAACAUAAAGUUGGAGGCGGAUUUCUACUUUGAACAUGACAAAAGUGUUGGAGCUGUCAUUGUUGGACUUGAUCAGUACUUCAAUUAUUAUAAAAUGCAGUAUGCAAGAACAUGUAUUAGUGAGAACCCUGACUGCCUUUUCAUUGCGACCAACCGUGAUCCAACCGGGCAUAUGACAUCUGCCCAAGAAUGGCCAGGAGCUGGAGCUAUGGUUGCUGCAGUAAGCUGCUCAGUACAGAAAGAACCCAUUGUUGUUGGAAAACCUUCAGGCUUUUUGAUGGACUUCCUCUUGAAAAGCUUCAAUCUGGAGACGUCAAGGAUGUGCAUGGUUGGUGAUAGACUGGACACGGACAUACUAUUUGGCCAGAACACCGGCUGCAAGACCCUCCUUGUUUUGUCUGGUUGCACUGCCUUACCAGAAGUGCAGGAUGCUCGUAACAAUAUCCAUCCAGAUCUCUACACAAACAGCGUGUAUGAUCUAGUUGGGUUACUGCAGAAGUAAUUCUCCUUGGCCGCGUUGCAGCGCAAUCUCAGCACGCUUUGGAUAGCGCCUAUCAGCAAUUUAUUACGUGGAUUACUUGCAUGAAGCCAUGUGUUCUUGAAACAACAAUUUUGAACUUUCUUUGGGGUAUAACCUGUUUGACAGUAACAAAAUCUUUCAAUUGGAUCCUACAAAUUAGACCAAUUUGACAACCUUGUAAGCGUGGCUGUAAAGCUUUAAAUCUGGCAACUUGAUUCCCUUGCUGGAAAAU